GCAGAUGUGACGCUGUGUUCGUUGGAUUUCGCCGCUUGUUGCCGGCGUGCGAGUCCUUCGGGUAACGCGAACGUGAGCCUGCGAGGGAAUUUAACGGUAUUUGCAGGGCCUUUCAGUUUUUUGGGCUUAUAAGGCGAGAAAGGAUACCCAUUUUAGACGAUCUCUGUUUUGCUGUGUUAUGGCUGAGGGUGAUGAUCAACAGAAAUUAAGAUUCCAGGUUGAACUAGAAUUUGUCCAGUGUUUGGCUAACCCAAACUACCUGAACUUCCUUGCUCAGCGGGGAUACUUCAAGCAGCAAGCUUUCAUCAAUUACCUCAAGUACUUGAAAUAUUGGACAAAGCCAGAGUAUGUCAGGUACAUAAAGUACCCAAUGUGCCUGCACUUCCUGGACCUGCUGCAAUACGAGCACUUCCGCAAAGAGCUGGUGAACUCGCAGUGCGCCAAGUUCAUCGACGACCAGCAGAUCCUGCACUGGCAACACUACACGCGUCGGCGUACCCGCCUGCUGGCCGGCGAGGGCUCGCCCACGCCCGUCGGCAGCAGCACGCCCACGGUCUGAGGUGGCCAGCCGGACC